AUCUUGCAACUCUUUCACGAUUAUGACUAAUUUUUCUAUGUUAUGUAUUUUUCUGUAUGAUUUUGAUAAAACAAAUUAAAAAUUAAUAUUUAGUCGGUGUUCAAUUUUGUUACCAGACCAAUUUGGGCGACUAAUUAUUUAUCUAUAUUCAUAUUCAGUGAUACUCAUAUGGCGUUUAUUUGAAUUUUCAAAUAAAUUCAAGAGAGCUUUAGCGAAUCUAAUUUUAUGAAGAUUUCAAUGUUGUUAAUUGUGUAAAUAAUACAUAUUAUAUAGUCCUGUGUAAUUUAUAAGCCGUCCGUGAAACAUUGACAUGAUAAAUAAAAUGUUAUGCCAUUAAAUACCUACGUAUCCAUAGUAACCAAUUCGAAUUUUACGGAUUCCAUUAAUUUUCAUUAAAUAUUUGCUCACUUUAUACUAAUUAUUUUUAUUUAUUAUAUUAUGAUGCAAUGGAGGAAUUAGCAAAUUCUGAUGUUCGAGUUGUACUGAAUAUAAAAGAAGGUAAAGGUUUUGAACAAAUUCUGCUACCUACAUUAAUUGUUGCAACUCUAAAUGGACAUUCCUUGGAAACUGAUAUAAUAGAGCCAAAUUCAAAUCCUGAAUAUGAUCAUGAUUUAGUUUGGGAAGUAGAUAAAAACAGACUACGAAAGAUGAGGUCAGGACAAGUUCCAUUAAAAAUAGAAUGCUUUGCUGUUAAAAGUAAUAAUAUCAAAGAAAAAUUAGGGUAUCUUCUACUUAGUUUAAGAUCUGCCCAAGUUUUUGCUAAAAGUGGUAUUGAUAAUGUAAAAGCUAAUUGGCAUAAACUAUUAGGAUUAAAAAGUGAACUCAAAAUACAUAAACCUGAGUUACUUCUUGCUUUAAGUAUCCACAAUCUAGAAGCUACAUCAGUAAAUGCUCAAUUAGAGUUAAAAAAUUUGGAAGAAUGUCAGCAAGCAAAUGUUCAAUCUAAUAAAGUAACACCAAUUUUGUUACGUGAUGAACGUCUUAUACAAUUAGGUCCAUUAGAUAUUUGUCAUGAAUUCUUUUUAAUGAAUAUCACUGCUAUAUCUGCAGCAUAUGUAGAUUCUUUGCUACCAAUGAGAUAUUAUACAGAUAUGAAAAACAAUUUAUAUUUUUGGUGUAAGAUAUUAGAAAAUGAUGUAUAUUUUAAUCAAAGUAAAAAAGAGUAUGGAGAUAUUUGGACACUUAAUGAAAAAAUUGUUAUAAGGAUCAGAAGUUCAUUAAAAGUUUUCAAAGAAUAUUUACAACUAAAGCCAUUUCUGUUUAUAUAUUUAAAAUAUAAAGAUUAUAUAUUAGGUCAAUCGGAAGUAAAUUUGCAACCAUUAAUCCCUACUGAUAAUAUUGAAGAAUUUCUUAAAAUCACUGAAAAUAAUAGUAGUAUUUUAAAUCAGCGGUGUUGUUUAUGUAAAGCAGAUUUCAAUGAAAAUAAUAAAAUAGAAUGUAGAGACUCGUAUCUCGAUUUACAGCUAAAAUUGCAAUAUGUAGGUAAAACAAGUGUAGCAAUGGAUACUUCAAAUGUAAUGAUCAAUGAUUUCAUCACUCCUAAUUCUGUGGAAUUAAAGAAUAUCUUAAGACAAGUAAAUUAUAGUGAAAUAGAUUGUCAUAGAAAUCCUGCUGGUGAUUUUAGAAAAUAUGGAAUUCAAAUGUUCAAUCCCCCAAAUGGAUGCAAUAAUAUAAAUAAACACACUUUAAAUUCUGAUCUUGUAAGAGAUCAACUUGUUAAGGCUACUUAUUCACAUUCAGUUGACACACUGCUAUGUCAGUCUAAUAUUGAUAAUUCCUCUAAAAGUGUAGAGGCUUAUCACUGUUAUUAUUUAAAUAUUUUGUUGAUAGCAAUAAAGGCAAUAUCUUCAAAAUUAAUUAUUCCAAAUAUGGAAAUUCGGUUCCAUCAUCCAAAAACUGAAGUUACUUCAGCAUUUCAUCCAAAAAUACUAGCUUCAUUAGGAGAAAAAGUAAAAUUACAAAAUAUAGGGUGCAAAUUACAAUUUAUAUCAGCAACAGAUGAAAUUAAACAAUUAUUGCUAAAUUUCCCACCAAAAAUUAGUAUAUAUAAAGUGGAAGGAAGUACUAAGACUUGUAUAUCUGAAAGUAAAAUUAAUACAAAAGAAUUAUUUUGUCAAAAUAAGAUGGAGUACCAAUACAAUAUACCAUUGUAUGAUAUAGAACAUAAUAAUAUUGGCAACUUGGAUGUUAUGCUAAAUUUACAAGAUUAUGGUCCAUAUUAUAAGAUUAAAAAAACCAUUCCUAAUGAAAACUUAGGGCCACCAAUCUUAGAUGACAGUUUAGCAUAUAAAAUAGUGGAUGAGUUAGAGACUUGGAAAGAACGACAGAUGGAAAUAUUUAAAGUUGAGUUAAAAAGGAAGGAAGAUCGUCAUUUAAAUUUACUAAGUCAAGAAUGGCAAAAACAUAGAGAAAAUUUAGAAACAAAACUUGCGUGUAGCGUUGAACAAUGUAAAAUGCUAGCAAAUAGUUUAAAUAAUGCUACAGAAGACUUAAGAACACGAAGAUUGAAAAGCCUCGAAAAAGAAACUAGGUUAAUUAAAGCAAAUGAAGAUUUGCAAUGGAGAUAUGAUACAAAAUUACACGAGCUUAAAGAAUCAUUUCAAAUGGUUCAAGAAGAACUUAUGACAAAGAUUGAUGCUCUUGAAAAGAGGAAAACAGCUUUAGAAACACAAACUGAACAAUUAAGUACUGAAAAUGAAAAAUUACAAUUGCUUGUAUCAAAACAGUCUGAAGAGUUGGAAACUUAUCAAAAAGGUUCUUUGACGCAGGAUCAAACAGCAAAUUUAUUGCAAGAGUUAAAGACACUUGAAAAAAAAUUACAAAAUGCACAGGAAAGUAAAUCUUUUUUCAAAGAACAAUGGGCAAAAGCAGUUCGUGAGAUACAUCGUAUGAAAAUGGAACAUCAACAAGCUAUACAAGUUCAAAUUAAAAAUAGUAAAGAAGAAUUACAAAACUUAGACCUAGAAGAAAUAUUAUCUGCAGAUUCUACUGCCUUGACAAAUGAUCAAAUAUUGUUAAAUGAAAUUCAGAAAGAAAUUGAUGUAAUCAAGCCAAAAGCAUAUCUCAUUGAAAAAGACGUUUAUUCUCAAGUAUUUACACCAAGUUCUGUAGGCUCUAAAAUUUCGCAAAAUGCUAAUAAAGGCAUAUUAAAAAGAUCAGAUGAACAGGAUGAAAGAUUGCAAGCAUUAGUUGAAGAACGUGAUUCCCUAUUAAAAACAGGGAGUUAUACAAUUGACGAUACAGUUAUUAUGAAAUUAAAUAAUGAAAUCAGAUCUUUAAUGAUGAAGUAAUUCUUUUAUAUAAACUAUACCUUAAAAUAUUUCAAUAUCAUAGUACAAUAUAAAAUACUUUAUAAUCAUUUUUAUAUGUAUAUAUAUACACAUAUAUAUUUAUUGAAAUAAAUGUAUUUUAUAUAA